UAUAAUGGGUCAAUUCUGUCUCUGGAAGAAGAUCUCUCUAUCUAAGUUCGUUUCUCUGUUCAUUUUCUUGAGAGCCUGUUCUUGCUAAUAACAUAUAUUUGAGAUUUGCGCUUCUGAUUUUGGUAAUUGAUUUUUGAAGUUGGAAAGAGGGAGAAUUACGCUAAUGGCUGGGAUUUGCUGUGAAGUUGUUGCUGAGAGUGAGGCAGCUGCCGUAGUUGAACCAAGCUCACGAGUUUCAAGGCGGAGAAGAUUGGAACUCCGGCCAUUCAAGGUCAUCACCGAUGCUGCUGUGCAACCACCGUUGGAAAACGGCAGGAAACGGCCGAAACUCGAUCCUGUUCCUCUUCCACUCGGCUCUCAUGCAUCAAAGUCUCCCCGUGACCACGACAACGCAGUAGAGACUUGCAAACCGAGAGAUGAUAAUUGUAAUGAAAAUGAACAAAUUGAAAAUUCUAAGAAGAACGAGUACUUGAGUUCAAAUCAUCAAUCAAUCAACGGUAGCUCAGAUUCUGAAAAAUUGGAUCAUAAAGCGGCAGAGCAGUCCCUCAAAUUUGGCACGACUUCUGUUUGUGGUAGAAGAAGAGACAUGGAAGACGCAGUUUCGAUAAGGACGUCCUUUGCCGGCGGGAAAACUUUUUUCUUCGGUGUAUUUGAUGGUCACGGUUGCUCUCAUGUGGCGAUGAAGUGUAAAGAUCGGCUACACGAGAUUAUGAAAGAAGAAAUCGAAAGAUUCGACGAAGUGAAGUGCGUUGAGUGGAAGGAAGCGAUGGCGAGAAGCUAUGCGAAGAUGGACAAUGAGCUGGAGGAGUGGUGCAACAAAGGAGAUAAGAACACUAACUGCCGGUGCGAGCUCCAGACUCCGCAGUGCGACGCCGUUGGAUCCACGGCUGUAGUUGCAGUUGUAACGCCGAACAAGAUCGUAGUCUCCAACUGCGGCGACUCCCGCGCCGUACUAUGCCGCAACGGAGUAGCUAUCCCCCUUUCUUCCGAUCACAAGCCUGAUCGACCGGAUGAAUUGGCUCGAAUCCAAGCCGCUGGUGGCCGUGUAAUCUACUGGGACGGUGCAAGAGUCCUGGGAGUUUUGGCCAUGUCGAGAGCAAUUGGUGAUAACUAUUUGAAACCGUAUGUAAUAUCGGAGCCGGAGGUUACCGUGACGGAACGGGCGGCGGAGGAUGAGUGUUUGAUACUGGCGAGUGAUGGCCUGUGGGACGUGGUAUCAAAUGACACCGCAUGUGGAGUCGCACGUAUGUGCCUACGUGCACAGCGGCAGAAGCGGCCAUCACCACCGGGAUUGCCCGGCGGCGAGUCUGUCGUGGGCAGUGGUACGGGUGAAAGCUCCGAUAAGGUCUGCUCGGAUGCUUCAAUGCUGCUGACGAAGCUAGCCCUGGCCAGGCAUAGUACGGACAAUGUGAGCGUUAUCGUGGUUGAUUUAAGAACGAAUCAACAGUCAUGAACAAGAAUAAUAGUACAUAUAGUAAUUGGAACUGUUAUGAAAAAAUAAUGAAAAGGAAAAAAAUGAAAAAUAUGGAGUAGUUUUAUUUAGCUUUAAAUUGUAUAUUUGUAAAGUCUCCUUCUGAAAGAAGGGGAUAAAGGAUCAAAGGACAAUCGAAAAUUUCCGUAUGGGAUUUGGUUUUUGAGGCUGGAGAAUGAUUAUUGACGUAGAGUUGUGGUGGGGAAUACUAAUUUUUAUGGUUCUAAAAUGCGUAUAAAUCUUAGGGUAAGGACAUUUUAUUCCUCAUCAUUUAA